UUUCAGAGGAGGGAUGGUGUGGUGAUUUGUUCCUUACCAGACGAUAGCUUAGAACUAUGGAUCUUUACUCAUGGAGAUAUUUAACUGUCUUAAUUUUUAUAAUAUUCAGUUUGAAAAACUGUGUCCAAUCCGAGUCGGCAGAAAUCGAAGAGAUAACUUGUUCUCCCGACAACUUUCGUUGCAACAAUGGCCGUUGCAUACCGCGAAGGUGGGUCUGUGAUUAUCAGAAAGAUUGUGAAGAAGAAGAGGAUGAGCAUCAGAGCUGUCCCCCACCUCAGUGCAAUGCAAACCAGUAUUCCUGUGGCCAGUAUGUGUUCAAUCAGUCAUACUGUAUUCCAAAGCACUGGCACUGUGAUAGGGUUGUGGACUGUGUAGAUGGGACAGAUGAAGGGGACUUGUGUAGCUAUAGGCAAUGCCUUCCAAAUGACCAUAAAUGUGGCAAUGGUCUUUGCAUUCCUAUCAGUAAAAAAUGUGAUGGAUAUUAUGACUGUCGAGAUGAAAGUGAUGAAAAGCACUGUAUUCUUAACAGAACAGCAUGUGGCCUAAAUGAGUUUCGAUGUGCUAAUGGAAACAAGUGUAUAGAUUUAGGCAAGAAAUGUGAUCAUUGGAAUGAUUGUGGAGACAAUUCUGAUGAACAGGAAUGUGAAUUUCCUUCUUGUCAUAGGGGUCAGUUUAGGUGCAGCAAUCACAUAUGUAUACCAUCCAGCUGGCAUUGUGAUGGUCAUACUGACUGCACUGAUCAAUCAGAUGAGAAGAAUUGCACUCUAAUUACUUGUGCUGAAUCAAAAUUCUUGUGUCCAUCAGAGAAAAAAUGUAUUGAAAAAACUAAGCUUUGUAAUGGGUUCCGAGACUGUGAUGAUGGGGUGGAUGAAAAAGAAGCAUGUUCAUCUAAUUUGUGUCACUCCUUGUCGUGUGAAUAUGGAUGUCGGCCAUCUCCUGAAGGAGGAGAAUGUUACUGUAAAACUGGAAUGCAGGUCAAUCCAGGUGAUAGAAGAAGCUGUAGAGAUUUUGAUGAGUGCUCUCAAUGGGGUUACUGUGACCAGUUGUGCCUCAACACUCCAGGAAGCUUUGAGUGUUCUUGUGCAAGUGGAUAUAGGUUGGUUCCUCCCAGACAUUGUCGUGCUGAGAACAGUACACAGAUGAAGUUAUUUUUCACCCAUCACAGUUCAAUAUACAAAAUGGAUGCUCAGGGUCUGAAUCUAGAAAUCAUCACUAACACAACAGCAGCCAGUGGACUAGACUUUCACUAUACUAAAAAUCUUGUAUUUUGGUCUGACACAGAAACAAAAAAGGUGUACAGUUUUCAUGUUAACUACAUGAAACUGUCUGAUGAGAUUAGUGUUAAUUUUCAAUGGAGUCCUGUCUGCUUGGCUGUUGACUGGGUGGGAAACAAGCUAUAUAUCUGUGAUGCUUUGGGUCAGAAGAUAGAUCUUAUGGAGUUGAAUGGCAAUCAUCAUGCAAUUAUCAUCAGUCGCAAUUUAUCAUCCCCGAUGGACAUAGUUCUUGACCCUACGGUUGGGUUGAUGUUCUUCAGUGAUUCUGACAACAUUGACAGAGCAUACAUGGAUGGUUCCAAUAGAAAGUCUAUUGUGAACUCACUGAUAUAUAAAGCGUCAGGUCUUGCUGUUGAUUAUAUUAACAAGUGGCUUAUUUGGUGUGACUCACUUCUAGACCAGAUAGUAGCUAUUGACUAUGAUGGGAAGAACAGGCAUACAAUAGUUAGAGGCAAUACUAAAGUUCCUUCACCUAGUAAACUCACCAUGUUUGAGAACUACAUCUAUUGGACAGAUGAAACUCGGCAAGGUGUAUUAAAAAAUCACCUUUUCAAUGAUUCUGAUGUAACUCAUAUCAUCUAUCGUGAUCCAACUAUUCUCAAAUCACCCAAAGCUAUCAAAUCAUAUCACCCUCUUCGACAGCCUGAAGUGACCAGCCCAUGUGGAAGUGACAACGGAGGUUGCGAACAUAUGUGUAUUGUGACUCGAAGUGCUGAGGAAUAUGGGCUUGGUUAUCGUUGUGUCUGUAACAUAGGCUACGAACUUUCACGUGAUGGAAGAUCUUGCAGUCGAGUGGAAGAAUUUCUUUUGUACUCCCACCAAAAGUUUGUGAGGGGGACCUUUCUUAAUUCUGUGGGAGAGAGUUUUACUGAUGCCAUGGUACCAGUAGUUGGUAAAUCUGCUCGCUUUGUUGGCCUAGAUUUCGAUGCUCGUCAAAACUACAUUUACUAUUCUGAUGUAAUACUGGAUGUAAUUUACCGAAUCAAAACCGAUGGAACAGAACCAAAGAGUGUGUUGGCAUCACAGAAUGAAGGUGUGGAAGGUUUAGCUUUGGACUGGGUUUCUGACAAUCUGUACUACAUUGACAGCAGGAAGGGAACUUUGAAUGUUAUUAGUGUUAACAACUUCCGACACAGAAGAACACUGAUCAGCAACCUGAAGCGUCCUCGUGCCAUCGUAGUGCAUCCUAAUAAGGGUUAUCUUUUCUACUCUGAAUGGGACCGACCAGCAAACAUUAGCAGAGCAUUUUUAGAUGGAACAAAUUCUAUGGUAUUUCGGGGGGUUCUUCUGGGCUGGCCAAAUGGCUUGAGCAUUGAUUUUGCCAAGGAUCGACUUUAUUGGUGUGAUGCCCUACUGGAUCAUAUUCAACAUGCUAAACUAGAUGGCACUGAUAUCAGAACUAUAAAUUCUCCCAGAAUCAAACAUCCUUUCUCAUUAGUUGUCCAUAAUGAUUGGUUGUAUAUCACAGACUGGAGGUUAGAUGCUGUUCUAAAGAUGAAUAAAGAGACAGGAGCAGAUGAACAAAUUAUGACUGCUGUUGAAGAAGGAAAUCGGCUGUAUGGUAUCAAAGUUUACAGCACCAAGAACCAGAAAACUGAUUCUCGCCACCCAUGCAAAGUCAACAAUGGUGGUUGUGAUAGAUUCUGUUUUGCCAUACCUGCAAAUUACAGUCAAGGUCCUGAUCUUGAUGUUAGCUGUGGCUGCCCGUAUGGGGAAAAGCUUCAUGAAGAUAAAAAACAAUGUAUUUCUGACCCCACUGCAGAGCCUCCUGUAAAGGCCUGCGUUAAUUCCUGGGAUUUCACUUGUGACAACAAACGAUGUAUUCCUAAGACAUGGGUUUGUGAUGGUGAUGAUGACUGUUUAGAUAACUCUGAUGAAAUGCAAAACUGUACCCAAUCAACCUGUAGCUCAAAAGAGUUCCAGUGUGAUAGUGGACGUUGUGUUCCUUUAACAUUCAAAUGUGACUCAGAUAAUGACUGUGGUGAUUACUCAGAUGAAACUGGUUGUGUAAAUAUCACAUGUGAAACUACGGAAUUUGCUUGUGACAAUGGUCGAUGUGUUCCUCAAUCUUGGAAGUGCGACUCUGAGAAUGACUGUGGAGAUGGCUCAGAUGAAGGAGAGUUUUGUGUGGAAAAGACUUGUGCCUACUACCAGUACACAUGUCCUGGAUCAGGACAUUGUAUUCCACAGAGCUGGGUCUGUGAUGGUGACAAUGACUGUUUUGACCAAGCAGAUGAGCAGAGUUGCCCACCUGUUACAUGUACUUCAAGCCAGUUUCAGUGUUCUGACCAGAAACAGUGUAUUCAUGAGAGCUAUCAUUGUGAUGGUGUUUCUGACUGCCAAGAUGGUUCUGAUGAACUGGGAUGUCCAUCUGUCUCACCAAAUGAGUGUGACCAAGAAAAGUUAUUCCAGUGCAAGACCUCAAAAAUUUGCAUCCCCAAAACAUGGUUCUGUGAUGGUACUAAGGAUUGUGAGGAUGGAAGUGAUGAGCCUGAUAGUUGUGGAGAAGUUGACUGUCCUACCAACAACUUCAGAUGCAACAAUACACAGUGUGUUUUUAAGUCAUGGAUUUGUGAUGGGACUGAUGAUUGUGGUGAUGGUUCUGAUGAGGACUACCAGCAUGCUUGUGGUCCUCCACCCAGUAUUUGCCUGCAUGGUCAGUGGAAGUGUCCAAGUGCUGUUGAAAUGUGUAUAAACAUUUCUCAGGUGUGUGAUGACACACCUGACUGUCCUAAUGAUGCUGAUGAAGGCCCAACCUGUAGUCUUGACCAAUGUAAAGUACAAAACAUUGGUUGUAGUCACAACUGUAAACAGACACCACUGGGACCUCUAUGCCUAUGUCCAUCAGGUGAAGUUCUAAAUGACACUACUACUUGUGUUGACCAUGAUGAAUGUGCCUAUCCAGGCUACUGCAGUCAAGACUGUGUCAACACUAAAGGUUCCUUCAAGUGUAAAUGUCAGGAUGGCUACAAACUCGCUAAUAAUCAACACACCUGUAAAGCUAUUAACUGGACUAAUGCAUUUCUGGUUAUUUCGAAUCGACGUUCCAUCCUGGUGGCAAACCUCAACACUACAAACUUUGAGCGGGUACCUGUUAAUGUUGAAAAUGUUGUGUCUACAGCCUCUGAUAUGACAUCUGGCACCAUGUAUUGGUCAGAUAUGACACUAAAGAAAAUCUACCGCAUGAAGAAGGGGGAGGAACCAGAAAUAGUAAUCGAUAGUGGUCUAGAUCUGGUUGAAGGUCUUGCUGUAGACUGGGUGGGGCGUAAUCUGUAUUGGGUGGACUCAAGACUAAAAACACUAGAAGUUUCAACACUGAAUGGAGAACAUCGCUUAGUGUUGCUGACUGAAAACAUUACUCAACCUCGGGGACUGUGUAUAGAUUCAAGAGAAGGGGCUAGGCUUCUAUUUUGGUCAGACUGGGGAGAGAACCCUCGGAUUGAAAGGGUUGGAUUAGAUGGAUCAAUGAGACAAGUUGUCAUAGAUACUAAAAUAUUUUGGCCUAACGGUUUGACCCUAGACAUCCCUAACAAACGGGUGUAUUUUGCUGACAGUAAGUUGGAUUAUAUUGACUUCUGUAAUUAUGAUGGCUCAGGAAGACAACAGGUCAUUGCUCAUAAUCAUUAUUUACUUCAUCCACAUUCCCUUACUGUGUUUGAGGAUACACUCUAUUGGACUGAUCGGCAAUUGCACCGUGUGCUUUCAUGUAACAAGUUUCGUGGUGUUAAUCAAACAGUGGUGUCUCAUCUGGUGAGUCAGCCUCUGGGUAUACACGUCAGUCACCCAGUGUUACAACCAGUUUCUACCAACCCCUGCAAACUUUCUCCUUGUAGUCAUCUUUGUCUUCUUUCCCCAACUACCUCUGGUGGCUACUCUUGUCACUGUCCUCCUGGCUAUGAGGAGGAUCGAGUCAUGGUUGGGACCUGUACACCAAUUAACACACCUUAUUUGAUGGUAAUGAAGAAGACUCAGAUCAUUGACAGGAGUCUGACACCAAAUGACAAGUCCAUGGGGCAUUUUACACCUGUUAUUGGUGUAGAAAAUGGCUAUGAUUUUGACUUAGACAGGAAAAAUGGAACGAUCUACUGGGUUCAGCUAGAAGAGGACGACAAGGAAAAAGGAACUGUUUAUAAAGUGAGUCUGAAAGGUGGAAACUGGACCAAGUUUUUACCUGAUGGAAUUGUUGGAGCACCAUACACCAUAGUGUAUGACUGGAUUGGACGAAACCUUUACAUAGGAAACAGAAUAGCCUCCAAUAUUGAAGUAAUUAAGACUGACGGUGAAGAAAGAUUAAGAACAUUAAUUUUAACAAAUGAUGGAACAGAAAAUGGUGUUGCAAAGCCAAAAUCCAUGGUGGUUCAUCCAGAAGAAGGUAAAUUGUUCUGGUUGGAUGAAGGUGGUGUUGGUGUUCCUCAAAAACUAGCAAAAGUUGACAUGAACGGAGCCAACAGCACAAUUCUUGUAAAGGAAGGACUUCAUCAUUUAGAGGUUCUUGCUGUUGACUUGAUAAGCAAGAGACUAUACUGGAGUCAAAGUUUCCCAGGGAUUAUUGAAUCAGUAGACUUUAAUGGUAAGGGCCGGAAGACAGUUGUGCCAACCAGUGCUGGCAUCUCAAAACCACAGGGAUUGGCAAUUUUCAACAAUAGGUUAUACUAUCUGGAUACUAUCUAUGAAAAAAUUGUGAGGGUAAACCUUCCUGAUGGCAGGAACCCAACAGUCAUGGAUGAAAAUAUAGAGGACUUAACUACCAUGAAAAUUAACAGCAAAAGACCAGGAAUAGAGAGUCAUCCAUGUCAAAAGGAAAAUGGAGGAUGUCAACACCUGUGUAUUCCAACAUCAGGCAGUCAACACAUGUGUUUGUGUAGCACUGGGUUCCAGCCAAAGGAUACUACAAAAUGUGAAGCAUAUACCUCAUUUGCUGUUGUAUCAGAGCUAGAGAAGGUUCAGGGAUACAGUUUGCAGAAUCACAGAGAAGCAAUGCAACCAAUAACAGGGCCAGGUCAUAAUAUUUUGCACUUGGAUGUUCAUGUUGCCCAGAAUCACAUUUAUUGGGUUGAAUUUAAUCAAGGAAGUAGAAAUGGAAUUUUUCGUGCCAAGCCUGAUGGUACAGAUUUUACCCAUGUCAUUUCUGAUGGCAUAGGUAGUAAUGGGAUUCGUGGUCUUGCUAUUGACUGGAUAGGAGAGAAUCUUUAUUUCACCAAUGUGUUCCCUCAUGAAACAUUUGUGGAGAUGAGUUGGCUGGAUGGCUCCAAUCGUCUUGUAAUUUUGAAAACUACAACAGAUUCACCACGUGAGAUUGCAGUCAAUCCUAUCAAAGGGUACCUCUACUGGAUUGAUUAUGGACAGUAUCCAAAAAUUGAAAAAUCUCUCUUGGAUGGAACAAAUCGUACUACUGUUGUUGUAACUGGCAUUAGUAAUCCACGAGACUUGACCAUAGACAUCACAACACAUGAUGUUUACUGGGUUGACUCAAGAGAGGAUGCUAUACAACGUGUAUCCUUAAAUGGUGGCAAGAGGCAGUACAUUCGACGGAAUCUGCCAAACCCAAUGGGAGUAGCAGUACUUGGGUCUGAAGUUUACUGGGUAGAUCGAAAUCUUCGAACUAUAUUUAAGGCUACCAAGUUUCCAGGAAAUACAGUUCCUCCUACAUCUGUUGUAUCUGAUUUGGACACACUGAGAGACAUUGCAAUCUUUGAUAAGGCUAUACAACCUCCAGCUAGCCAGGUUGUAUGUUCCAGACCAGAGAACGGAAUGUGUGAACAACUGUGUUUUGCCAUACCAGAUAAAAUUACAGCUUUAAAAAGGAAAUGUGCUUGUGCUUCUGGUGUGUUGUCAUCUGAUGAAAAAUCCUGUGAAGAUGUAAAGGAGUACUUAGUAUUCUCAACAAGACAAGAAAUUCGAAGCUUACAUCUAGACCCUAAAGUAUUAAGCCUACCAUUUUCUCCCAAAAUUAACCUCACCAAUGUUGUGGGCUUAGACUUCGAUUAUCAAGAUCGACGACUGUUUUAUUCACAAAUACGACCAGAAGGCAGCAUCUCCUGGGUGAGCUUGGAUGAUUUCAACACUGUUCACACAUUGAUAGAUGAGGGUGUGAACCCUGAAGGAGUGGCUUUUGAUUGGACCAGCAGAAAGAUCUACUGGACUGAUUCUGGCAACCAUAGCAUUUAUGCCAUGAAUUUGGAUGGCUCAAAGCUUGUAAUGAUAACUCGUGUUGAACGGCCAAGGGCAAUUGUUUUGGAUCCAUGUGAAGGGUACAUGUACUAUACAGAUUGGAGUCGUUUUGGAAACACUGGAAAAAUAUAUCGGGCUACAAUGGCUGGGAACCAGAAAAAAGCUAUUAUAAAUGACAAUCUUAUUCAACCAAGUGGACUUACCAUUGAUUAUGAAGAUAGAAAACUUUAUUGGACAGAUGCACUCAGAGAAAAAAUAGAAAGGUCUGACCUUAAUGGGACCAACAGAGAAACCUUGGUGUUUGCUACCAUCUAUCCAUUUGCUAUUACCGUGUUCGGAGAUUACAUAUAUUGGACGGAUCUUCAAUUAAGAGGGGUAUACCGAGCUGAUAAGUAUACAGGGGCAGGAGUCAUGGAGAUGGUCAAGAGACUGGAAGAAUCUCCACGAGAUAUUCAUAUCUUUGCCCCAGACAGGCAAAAAUGCAAACAGAACCCAUGCAGCCUAAACAAUGGAGGGUGUGCCCACUCCUGCCACCAGGCCCCCAAUGGAACUGUAGAAUGUUUGUGUAAUUCCACUUUCAAAAUUGCUAAUGAGGGACGUAUGUGUGUUGCAACUAACAUUACCUGUGACGAAAAUAAGUUUACUUGUGCCAAUGGCAAGUGUAUUCCCCGACUUUGGGCCUGUGAUGGUGAUGAUGAUUGUGGUGAUAAUACUGAUGAAGAUAAGAAGUUUUGUGCACUACAUACGUGCAGUCCAUCAGAAUUUCGCUGUGGAAACGGACGCUGUGUUUUCAAGACUUGGAAGUGUGAUCAUGAAAAUGACUGUGGAGACAACACAGAUGAACAAGACUGUGAGUAUCCUCCUUGUGCUGAAGGUGAAUUCACUUGUGCCAACUUUCGUUGCAUUUCUAUGUCUCAACUAUGUAAUGGGGUAAAUGACUGUAAGGAUAAUAAAACAACAGAUGAGAGUCAUGAUAAUUGCCCCAACAACCGAACUUGUCCAGGAAAUCACAUGAAAUGUGAGACAACUAACAUCUGUGUCGAGCCCUACUGGUUGUGUGAUGGAGAUAAUGACUGUGGUGAUAAUUCUGAUGAAAACUCCAUCAUCUGCUCUCAAAGAUCCUGUCCUCCAAAUAGUUUUAGGUGCGGGAACCAACGAUGUAUUCCAGCUACUUGGUACUGUGAUGGUGAUGAUGAUUGUGGAGAUAAAGCAGAUGAGCCAGAAGAAUACUGUGAAAGUGAGAAGAAGACUUGUUUUGGUGAUUUAUUUACCUGUGACAAUGGAAACUGCAUCCCACGAAUUUAUAUUUGUGAUGGUGACAAUGAUUGCUUAGAUAAUUCUGACGAAGAUGCUCGCCAUCAGUGUGAUACACGUAAGUGUGAUCCUGAAAGAGAGUUUACAUGCACACAGAAUAAACAAUGGGGCCGUGCUGUGUGUAUCCCAAAACGAUGGAUCUGUGAUGGAGAUCCUGACUGUGUGGAUGGAGCUGAUGAGAACACAACACUCCACGGUUGUGCCACACCUGAACCCUGUGAUGAAGAUCAGUUUCAAUGCAAAAACUUUCGUUGUAUAAAUAAAGAUUGGGUCUGUGACCAUGACAACGAUUGUGGUGAUGCAUCUGAUGAACCUAAAAACUGCACUUUCCCGACCUGCUCUCCAGAAGAAUUCUCUUGUCGUAAUGCCAAGUGCAUCCGUAUGACUUACAAGUGUGAUGGUGAGGAUGAUUGUGGAGAUGGAAGUGAUGAGUUGGUUGAUGACUGCUCCACAGAAGCUCCAACCUGUUCUGGAGCACAGUUCCUGUGUAAUAGUGGAAUGUGCAUUGACUACGAACGAGUGUGCAAUAAACAGGAAGACUGUGAUGAUGGGUCAGAUGAAUCUUCUCAUUGUAACACUGAUGAAUGUGCAAAAGUUGAAACAAAUCAGUGUGAACACAAAUGUGUGAACACUCUGACUGGAUUCUACUGUGAAUGUAAUGAAGGCUACCAGCUAAUGGAUGAUAGCAAAGCAUGUAGAGACAUCAAUGAAUGCACUGAAAAAGGUGGCAUUUGUUCCCAGUAUUGUUUCAAUACACCAGGGUCCUACUACUGCAAAUGCAAUGACACUUACUAUGAACGUGAAUUAGACUUUCACAAAUGUAAACGAAAAGAUGAUAUCACCCCAUGGAUUAUCUUCAGUAAUCGCUACUAUCUUCGCAAUUUGAGCAUUGAUAACUCCCAGUACAACCUGAUCAAAAUGAACCUACGUAAUGUAGUAGCUCUUGAUUUUGACUAUCAGGAAGAAAGGCUGUAUUACUGUGAUGUUGGCAAUAAAAGUAUUGGUCGAAUGUUUAUUAAUGGCACCAAUGAACAGAUAAUCAUACACCGUAAUGCUAAAGGAUUGGAAGGACUUGCUGUGGACUGGAUUGGAAGAAAAAUAUAUUGGUUGGAUAGAAUUUCCAAGCAUCUGUAUGUGGCUGAGCUUGAUGGAACUAAUCGAAAAACUUUACUAGGGAGAGGCAUUUCUGACCCAAGAGCCUUAGCUGUGCAUCCAGGCAUAGGGUACAUUUACAUGACAGACUGGGGCCAUCAUUCUUAUAUUGGACGAAUCGGGCUGGAUGGUUCCAACUUCUCCCGACUAAUAACCUUCGAAGACAAACUUGUUUGGCCAAAUGCUCUUACUAUUGACUACUUCAGUAACAAAAUAUUCUGGGCAGAUGCUCAUUUGGAUCAUAUUGAGUUUUCUGACAUGAAUGGUCAAAAUCGACACAUUGUUAUUCAGGGACGAAAGGUGCCACAUGUGUUUGCUAUCACUAUAUUUGAUGACAUGAUGUACUGGAGUGACUGGAACUUGAAGGGACUCUACAAGGCUCAUAAGUUUACUGGAGAGAGCUUCCAUGUUAUGAGAAAUACUUCACACAGACCUUAUGAUAUACAUAUCUAUCAUCCAUUAAGACAGUUGCCAUAUCCCAACCCAUGUAUGAAUAAUAAUGGAAAUUGCAGUCAUUUGUGUCUAUUGUCCCCUGGUGGUGGCUAUAAGUGUGCUUGCCCUGAUCAGUUUAUUUUCCUCAGUGACAACAAAACAUGUAUUGCAAAUUGUACUAGUAGGCAACAUCAGUGUGGUGGUAAUGACGAUAAAUGCAUCACCAUACUUUGGCGUUGUGAUGGUAAAGAAGACUGUAGGGAUGGAUCUGAUGAAAAAAGUUGUCCACCCUUCCAUUGUAAGGUAGGCCAGUUCCAGUGUCAUAAGAAUGUGACUUGUAUCUCCCAGGUCAAACUGUGUGAUGGACAUAAUGACUGUGGAGACAACUCGGAUGAAAUGUAUUGUGAUCUUCCUUGUGGUGAGCAUUCCAUCAAAUGUAAUGAUACUGGUCGCUGUGUUCCUCAGUCUUGGCAGUGUGAUGGAGACAAUGAUUGCAAAGAUGGGUCAGAUGAAGAUACUGCUGUAUGCCAUCACAUGAAAUGUGACCCUAAAACACAGUUUGCAUGUACUAAUGGCAAAUGUAUCCCCAAGCUGUGGUACUGUGACUAUGAUGAUGAUUGUGGAGAUGAUUCAGAUGAACCAGCUCAUAUUUGCCGAAAUCGUAAUUGCAGUACAGGUUGGCAGAAGUGUCCAACUCGCAGCAACUAUCGCUGUAUUCCAAGUUGGUUUUUCUGUGAUGGAAAAAAUGAUUGUCGAGAUAAUUCAGAUGAGGCAAACCCAGAAUAUUGUCCUAAAUGUCAUGAAAUGGGUGACUUUCAGUGUAGCAACAAAAGAUGUAUUCCUAUGAGGUGGCAUUGUGAUUUUGAAGAUGACUGUGGAGAUAACUCGGAUGAAGAUCCAGCAACAUGUGAAAAUCUUUAUCGUGAAUGUUCAGAGAGUGAAUUCCAAUGUGACAACAAGAAGUGUAUUCCAUCAAAAUGGCGUUGUGAUCAUGAUGAUGACUGUGAUGAUAACAGUGAUGAGAAAAACUGUCUCAAUUACCAAUGCAAGGAUAAUCAAUUUAAAUGUCAAAGUGGCCACUGUAUUGCUUCAAAACUCAAGUGUGAUGGCAACAAAGACUGCCAUGAUAUUUCUGAUGAAUGGAACUGUCCACCACGUUACCCUGGAGGUCGAUAUUGUUUAAAUAAUUAUUUUGAAUGCAAUAAUACUAUAUGCAUACGAGACAACUUCAUUUGUGAUGGUGAUGAUGAUUGUGGUGAUUCAUCAGAUGAAGAGGAUGACUUAUGUAGAAACUUCAAGUGUGAUAUUAAGCACAAAUUUCAAUGUGCAAAUCAUCUGUGUAUCUCACGUUUUCAUCUGUGUAAUGGUGUUGAUGACUGUGGUGAUGGCUCAGAUGAAAACAACCACACCUUGUGCCACAAAAUACCCACUCCAUGUGAUGACACAAGUUUCCAGUGUGCCAAUCGUAAAUGCAUUCCUCGUAGCAAAAUAUGUGACCAUGAAGAUGACUGUGGAGAUAAGUCUGAUGAAAAUGGAUGUUAUACAGGUACUUGUGGCAUGAUCACCCGUGGAGGUUGUCAACAUAAUUGCACAGCACUAGAACAAGGAGGGUAUCUUUGUGUUUGUCCUAGAGGCUACAGAGUAGUAGAAAGUAAUCCAAAACUUUGUGAGGAUAUUGAUGAGUGUGCAACCUUUGGCCACAACUGUUCACAGAUUUGCACUAACUACAAUGGAACAUUCAGGUGCACCUGUAGUGAAGGAUUUAAGCAAUUUUCUGAUGGAUGUGUAGCUGCAGGUUCUCCAUCUGUUAUGCUGUUUACAGAUGGUCCUGAAAUCCGUGUGCUUGAUGUAACUAAUGAAAGACAAACUUCUUUGAUUCAAGGAGUGAGAGAGAAUCAGAUUCAGGCUAUUGACUUUGAUCCAGUCCACCGUAAGUUUAGAAAUCUCUACUGGAUGGAUACAGAGCUGUCUAGUAACCAACCUCAUGGAAGGAUCUUCACCAGUUUGUUAGAUGGGCGAUAUAGGAGGUCUAUUGUUACUUCAGGGUUAGAACAGCCUGGUUCGCUAGCCCUAGAUCCUGAACUUGGUAAGCUCAUCUGGACAGAUGCUGGAACUACACCGAAAAUAGAAUUAGCAUGGAUGGAUGGUACUAAACGCAAAGUACUUGUAAAUGAGAAGCUUGGAUAUCCUUCUGGGAUCACAAUAGACUAUUAUGGGGGUCACCGUAUAUACUGGUGUGAUUCAAAACUGAACACAAUUGAUUCCAUGAAAAUGGAUGGCAGUGACAGGGUGACAGUCAGUAGCGGAGACCUUCAUCAUCCAGUCAGUAUAGAUGUGUUUGAAGAUCAUCUUUUCUGGGUGACACGAGAUUCAGGAGAGAUUUACAAACAAGACAAGUUUGGUAGAGGUGUCAAGGUUCGAGUCCGUCGGGGCCUAGAGAAUCCUACUGGGGUAAAAAUUUACCAUCAACAGAAAUAUAAUACCUCAGUGGUUAAUCGUUGUAUGAACACUGGCUGUUCCCACCUUUGCCUGUUAAUUCCAAGAGGAUAUCGUUGUGCCUGCCCUGAUGGUUCCAAACUUCAGAAUAUAAAACAUGUCGCCUGUAAUGCAGCUAAAGAAAUUCCCAAGCCACAGCCAAGUAAAUGUCCAUGCAGGAAUAAUGGGUAUUGUGAACAGGGUCCUAACAAACUGGUUUGCAUCUGUCCUGAAAACUUUAGUGGGAAGUACUGUGAACAAAAUGUGCUUCGGGAGCCAGUAUCAAAACAUUCAUCUUCAACAGAUUUAGCUGUUAUCAUUAUUCCAAUAUUUGCAAUCCUGAUUGUGCUACUGCUGGCCACUGGACUUUACCUGGUCCUACGUAGAAGAAAUUUUAAACAAGGAGUUUUAGCUGGCAGCAAUCAAAGUGUGUCAUUCCGAAGUGGAACAAAUGUAGAAUUUGCACCUAAUUUCAUGAGAAGUGGUCCCCACGAUACAGCUAAUGGGGAGCCAUUAGAUGCAGAUUUUAAUUUUGGAGACAUCAACAAUCCUACGGACUUCAGUAAUCCAAUGUAUGAUGCUAUCAAUAUGGGAUCUGGUGUGGAGUCUGGUAAAAAAGGUGGGCUGUAUGAGGUACCAGCAGAGGUUGUUAAUAAAAAAUUAUCAUUAGAACUGAACAAUAGUAGCAACAACAAAUCCACCCCAGAGUCUGCAGUCUUGUCACCAUCUAGUAUUGUACAACGUUCAUCACCACAAGUCCAGAUGCGUCAAUCAUCUCUGGAUCCUACAUUAGUUGACACAGGUAAAGAUACACAAAAAUUGGUUGAAGAAGACAAGUCUGAGUUUUAGGACAUUUUGAAAACUUGCUUCCAUCUUACUAAUAAAACCAACCUUUCCUUUAUGCCUACUGUACAGCGAGUGCCAGCUAAUGCCAAUAUAGGAGUCUUCCUAAUGAGAUACAAGCAUCAGACUUGUCCAUAAGAUAAUGAAGGCUACAAGGAAAUAGCAGGGAUUCUUAGAAAUAGUUGUGGUCACUAAACCUUCAAGCCUAAAACAGCUAAACAUUCCAUUGAUAGUUGUAAAUAGCAUGAUUCUUAAAGUAUUUGAAGAAAUAUAUUACCAUGUAAAUUGCAUGUACUUUUUUUAACAUUAGGUUAAGGUCAAUAUACUAUGAAGAAAGGUCUUGUUUCUCCUCUCAUUUUCUGAUAUGGGGUUUAUUCAUCACAUGGAUUCUAUAUAAAACAAGAAUUUUUUUCAUAUAUUUUACAUUAAUAUUAGUUUUAUAUCAGUGAUGUAUUUUAAAAUUUUAACUGUAAAAUUAUGCUAAAAAUCAAAACUUGUAGCAAAAUAAUCGGAUUGAUUAAAUGGUCCAAAGUGUGCCAAGAAACAAGAAAGAUUGUUUUAUUGGAUCUGUGGAUUUUCAAACCAGGUUGACAAGAAUUGUUACAUGCUUUUGAGAAAAACAAACAAACAAAACGUAUAUAUUAUAUAUAUAAAGGCCAUUGAUUUGGUCUAACUGAACUGUCCAUUACAGUGUUGUAAUAAAAGGUGGAAUAGUAAGGAUGAGUGAAAUUCUGUGAUCUUUCAUAUAAUUUAAAUUAGGUUCAUGUAUGUUCAGUUACAAAAGCCCUCUUCCUUCUUUUCCACCUGUUUCAUGAUAGAACUAUGCUAUGAUAUAGUCAUGUUCACAUACAUGGUGUGCUUGUUAUAUAUAAUUUUAUUAAUUACACGGACUUAUUAUUGUUUCUUUUAUUGUUAUUCAGAGAAGACCCUGAGGAAUACAUUUCUUAUAUCAAAUCUUUAAAACUAACGUAUCUGAAAUUUUGUCUUGAAAAUGGCAAUCUUCAAAAGUUGGGAAUAAUAUUAAAAAUUAUGUUACAUUUAGCCACGAUCAUGUUGUUCAUGAAGCUAUUCAUGAAUUAAUUAUGUGAAUGUAAAGAAAAAAUUU